CGGCCGUUGGGGGACCGUUGGGCGGGCGGCGGCGCGCGCUGCGGGCACUGAGUGUGGAGGCGCGGACGCGCGGUGGAGCUCGAGCUGCUGCAGCUGCUGCCGCCGCCGGAGGAACCUUGAUCCCCGCGCCCCGGACACCCCGGCCUCGCCAUGGCUGACCAGCUGACUGAGGAGCAGAUCGCAGAGUUCAAGGAGGCCUUCUCCCUUUUCGACAAGGACGGGGAUGGCACCAUCACCACCAAGGAGCUGGGCACGGUGAUGCGGUCCCUGGGACAGAACCCCACCGAAGCGGAGCUGCAGGACAUGAUCAACGAGGUGGACGCGGAUGGAAACGGGACCAUCGACUUCCCCGAGUUCCUGACCAUGAUGGCCAGAAAGAUGAAGGACACCGACAGCGAGGAGGAGAUCCGAGAGGCCUUCCGCGUCUUUGACAAGGACGGCAACGGCUACAUUAGCGCGGCAGAGCUGCGCCACGUGAUGACGAACCUGGGUGAGAAGCUGACCGACGAGGAAGUGGACGAGAUGAUCAGAGAGGCCGACAUCGACGGAGACGGCCAGGUCAAUUAUGAAGAGUUUGUACAGAUGAUGACCGCAAAGUGAAGGCCGGGGCAGCUGGCAAUGCCCAUUCUCUUUAUCUCUCUUCGCGCGCUCUCUUCAACACUCCCCUGCGUUCCAGUUCUAGCAAACACCACUCGAUUGACUGAGAGUCUGAUAAACAACAAAAGAUUUGUCCCAAGCUGCAUGACUGCUCUUUCUCCUUCCUCCCCAGUCUCCUCCCACGCCCUCAUCUCUGCCUCUGCCCUCCUCUCCCUCGGCCCUGCGGGGCCUGAGGCUUUUACACGAUGAUUCCCGGGGAGCCCCUGCCCUCCUCCUGCCCGGGUGGCUCUCCGUUUGGUUUGUUCCCUCUGUUUGUCAUCUUAUUUGGGGUGCCGGGGGGCUUCCAGCCCUGUCCAGGGACCUGCCCGGGAGGGGGCGCGGCCUGCACCCAGGCAGAAAGCUCGCCUUUGUCUGUGCAUGCAGCCAGCCUGUGGUCCAUGUGCAAAUCCCAGCAGCCUUUGGGGCAGGGACGCUCCGGAGGAUGGGGGGUUGUGGGUGUGGAUGUGGCUCCGGAGGGGGUGGGGGGAUGAAGGAGUCUUAGUCUUGGAAGCUGGCAUUCUUUUCCCACUUGAGGGGCCAACUCAGAAAAGGACGGACUGCGGGGACGGCACUCGGACCCACUGGCUGAUAUUCCAAACCCACCCGAUUGGCUUCCUGACGCCGGUCUGGGUGGGACCGCUUGAUUGGCCACUCUGCAAACCGUACCUGCCCAGACCUGCCGUGUUCCCAACACGAUCGCCAGCUGUUCUGUAAAUACCUGGUGCUAACACCCACCUCCCUCCCGCCGGGCCCGCCCGCCCGCAGGAGGUCCCCUCGCGGGGCCGGGCGGGGAUGGUCGCUUUGUCAUACUGGUCACACUGUCGUUUCCUUAUGCCCCUGAGAACGUCCAGUUUUAUCAAACAGCCAUGCCGGGCUAGCUGAAGGUGGGGGAGGGAAGAUGCACCCCACCACGCUCUCGAAAAAGCACCUGCAAUAAACACACCUGUGGGCCCGCGGCCCCUCCCGCUUCUCCGUGGUGACGGGGCUGCUCCUCACGUGUGUGCGCGCGCUGCCUCUGCCCCUCCCGCCUCCCGCCUCCCGCCCCUGCCUGCCCCCACCCCGCGGAGAGCAUGAUCCGUGACCUUGCUUCUGACUUCGCCCUGGGACAAGUGAGUCAACGUGGGCAGUUCGGUCGUCUGGGUGGUUCUGUUUCGUUCUCCCUUUUCCUGUCCAUUUCUGUGCCCCUGCCCCCGGUCGCGUGGCUUUCUCUGGGACCUGCCAGCUUGGAGAAUCUUGUCGCCCACCCUCUGACACCGCCUCCAGGGACGGGAGGGGGCGGGGCGGAGCGGGAGACCAGGCCAAGGGCUGAGGGAAAGGGCAGGCAGGCGUGAAGCUGUGGACAUUUCUGAGUGGGUUUGGUUUGGUUUUGUUUUUUUAAACCGGGCAAUAUUGUGUUCAGUUCAAGCUGUGAAGAAAAAUAUAUAUCAAUGUUUUCCAAUAAAAUACAGUGACUACCUGA